AUGUGUCCGAGAGAGAUAACCAAGAUGGCGGACGGAAGGAUUCAGGAUGAACUUACAAAGCUUCGAUUGAAAAUGCUCCAACAAAAAAUGAGAAGCCAGUCAAGUGGAAACGUAGAAGGACAGCGCAUAGAUUUCUAUGAUCAACCUGCAAUGACAAGUUCCACAGCUGGUUUCCAUCAGCAACUGCAAGCUGAAACUCUGAAGAGUAAACAACUUCUUCAAAGAGUAAAGGAAGAAAGGGAGAAGCAGCUGCAGAAGCCAUCAAUACAAACCCAAAAUGAUGACUAUAUGAAAGAUAUGAUGGCCAGUAUGAUGUCCCAGAAUGUACAGCUUCAACAGUUAUUAUUGCAACAGAUGGUCUUACAACCUGGAAAAUCAAUCAAUACAGAAGGAACACAACAGCAAAGCUUGUCAGUUGUCAAACCGGUGGAGAUUGAACAAAUUGGUCAACGGGAAAUGUCUCCAUUUACUACUCAUGCAACAAACAGGAAUCACCCAAGAGCUGCACCUGAGCCAGUAGCAAACCACCUGCAAGUUCCUGCUCAAAGAAAUCCUGCUCAAAGAAAUCCAGCUCAAAGAAAUCCUUCAUCAAAAGCAGUGGUACCAAGAGGUGUUGCAACUCCUGUAAGACCAACAGAAAGACUUCCAGAAACACCAAUGAAACCUCGGUUAUCUCUAAGACCAGAAGGAUUUCUUAGUAACCAAGUUCACUGGAAUGAAGAACAACCAUAUCCAUUUCCUGGAUCUAGCAGGGUCAGAAAAUUACGUCAUGUUGGUUAUGUCGCCUGGGCAUGUUUUAUUCUUAUAGCACUCUUAAAACAAGCUCAUCAAAGGCAGCUGAGUGCCACUGAAAACCUCAACAGUCUUAUAAAACAAGCAAUUGAUGAACUUCAUAGAGAAUACUACCUCAGCCAUGACUGGUCCAUGUACUCUACCAUUCAAGAUGCUAUUACAGAUGAAGCCUUUGAUUUUUACAUAAAAAAUCCAGGUGUUUUUCAGAGACUUUCAAAGGAUUCUCAAAGUGCCUUUAAAGAACUCUCAUCCAUGGUUGAGACCAUUAUUCAUGAUAUUAUUCAGAUUAAACCUGAUACUGGAAUUUUAAGUGCUUCAAGAGAGGGUGUCUUGUGGCUUAUGACUCAGGAAGGUGUCUUUCUACCACCAAACUACCUGUGGCAAGUUGAAAAGGAUAGCAUGAUGUUCACUGACCAAGGUGCUUUAACUAAAGUGACCAAUGAAGUGAUCACCAUGUUACUGCUGGGCUUGUUUAUCUCAAGAGGACUGGUAUCUACACUGCUGUUCAAGCCUACUGAGUAUGGACUAAUGGAUAAUACACCCAGUGGUCUGGCACAGUCUAACCUCAAGGUCUUGGGAACCAUUCUCAUGAAAAUUGUCCGUGAUGUCUCAUUAAAGAAUAGUAGGAAAGUAAUGCCUGUAGCCUCAGAGAUCAGCUCACAAUUAUUCAGUGAUGUGGAAAUGAAGUAUAUUUACAAAAAACUGGAAGAAUCGCUGAUUUGGUGCAAGGCCAAUCUCAAGAGAUGGACAGAAACAUAUAUAGGUUCAUUAAACACCCAUUAAUUAAAGACCGUCCAAAUGUUUUAUAGCUGAAUUGUGUAGCUUGUAUAUAUCACAGAAAGAGACAGGUUUUUCUCUUAAGUAGUGAUGUACUCACAUUUUGGCUUCAGAAUUCUGGUUCAAGCAUGUUUGAUGCAAUAUUUAACAGACUGAAUAAAAGUUUUCUUCAUUUAUUUGUACCCAUGAAGUCAAACUUUUUUCUGAUGAUUCUCCAUACAAAGAUGUAGGUAUACAAUAAAUAGCUUUUUCUAACAAGUUACCUAAAACAACAAUUCUACAAAUCUGAGAAAAGAUACUUCAUAACUAAGAUCACUUUUAUAGUCACUCCAACAAAAAAGUUUCCUUUGCAAUGUUGUGAGCCUGUGAUGACCUUUAUAUUUUUUUAAACAUCAGGUAACAAACUUCUUAAACAGAUUUAUGUAGUCUCUGUAUUUUAAUGAUGGAGUAUUCAUUCAGGCUUACAAUUGGUGAAAUAAUACUAUUGAAGGUUUGUCAGUAUUGCCAAAACUCUGCCAGAUGUAAAGAAAUUCAUGAAAUCAAUGUAAAAUCUUAUUAUUUAUUUUUGUAUGGUACAAUUUCAGUA